AUGUCGUACAAUCCUCCCCAUGAGGAUGGUCGCCCCCUCCAGGACCUUCCCCCUGGAAACAGCUAUCAUAUGCCUCCUCAAGAUGACGAAGAAGGAAACCAACCUCUGCUACAUUCACAACCGCCUGCUGGGCCAUUUGGCAGCCCAUAUGAUCAAGGUGGAUUAAGGACUAGAACACCACCCGUGAGACCAGUAUCUGCUUACAGUCUCACUGAGACCUACGCUACACCGGGAGGCGCGGCUCCAGCACCAUACAGCAGCGAGUAUGCUGGCAGCACCGAAUAUGGACACUCUCUUGAGGAUAACCCAUACCCAGCCAGAACUGAUUCCCCCUACUCUAGAUCCGAGACGAGCUCAACUGAAGCAUGGCGACAAAGACAAGCCCCAGCCGGUGGAUUGAAGCGAUACGCAACAAGAAAGGUCAAGCUUGUACAAGGCACUGUCCUGAGUGUCGAUCACCCAGUCCCAUCAGCUAUCAAAAAUGCUAUCCAGGAUAGAUACAAGGCGAGUGUGGAGGCGGGAAGUGAGGAGUUUUCAACUAUGCGUUACACAGCAGCCACCUGCGAUCCCGAUGAAUUUACGCUGAAGAACGGCUACAAUCUACGACCUGCGAUGUACAAUCGACACACCGAAUUGCUCAUUGCAAUCACCUAUUAUAAUGAAGAUAAGACGCUCACAGCUCGUACGCUACAUGGUGUUAUGCAAAAUAUCCGCGAUAUUGUCAACCUGAAGAAGUCUGAUUUCUGGAAUGUUGGCGGUCCAGCGUGGCAAAAGAUUGUCGUGUGCCUUGUUUUUGAUGGUAUCGAUCCCUGCGACAAGGAGACCUUGGAUGUUCUGGCAACCAUUGGUGUUUACCAAGAUGGUGUCAUGAAGAGAGAUGUCGAUGGAAAGGAGACCGUUGCCCACAUUUUCGAAUAUACUACACAGUUGUCUGUCACUGCGAACCAGCAAUUGAUUCGACCCACCGAUGAGAGCACUCAGACCCUGCCUCCUGUGCAGAUGAUGUUCUGCUUGAAGCAAAAGAACAGCAAAAAGAUCAACUCUCAUAGAUGGCUUUUCAACGCUUUUGGUCGAUUGUUGAACCCUGAAGUCUGCAUCCUUCUGGAUGCUGGAACCAAGCCUGGCCCGAAAUCGCUACUUUCUCUUUGGGAAGGAUUCUACAAUGACAAGGAUCUUGGAGGAGCUUGUGGUGAAAUCCAUGCCAUGUUGGGUAAAGGUGGUCGAAAACUGUUGAAUCCCUUGGUUGCUGCUCAGAAUUUCGAGUACAAGAUUUCCAAUAUUCUCGACAAGCCUCUCGAGUCGUCUUUCGGAUACGUUAGUGUCUUGCCCGGUGCUUUCUCCGCAUACCGUUUCCGAGCUAUUAUGGGCCGUCCUCUGGAGCAAUAUUUCCAUGGUGAUCACACACUUUCGAAGAAGCUCGGAAAGAAAGGUAUUGAGGGAAUGAAUAUCUUCAAGAAGAACAUGUUCUUGGCCGAAGACAGAAUUCUUUGUUUCGAGUUGGUCGCCAAGGCUGGCUCGAAGUGGCAUCUGACAUACAUCAAAGCCGCCAAGGGAGAAACUGAUGUUCCUGAGGGAGCUGCUGAAUUUAUUGGACAACGUCGAAGAUGGCUUAACGGUUCCUUUGCGGCCAGUAUGUACGCUGUCAUGCAUUUUGGCAGAAUGUACAAGUCGGGUCACAACAUCAUUCGAAUGUUCUUCCUCCAUAUUCAACUGCUCUACAACACUUUCAGUCUUCUGCUCUCCUGGUUCACAUUGGCAUCUUUCUGGCUUACCACGACUGUUAUUAUGGAUCUCGUCGGUACACCCACUGCAGCAUCAUCUACAUCCGCUGAACAUCAUGGCUGGCCUUUUGGUGAUACUGCAACUCCCAUCAUCAACACGAUUCUGAAGUACCUCUACCUGGCAUUCCUCCUCGUCCAAUUCAUUUUGGCUCUCGGAAACAGACCUAAAGGUUCCAAGGUCACUUACCUCAUGUCUUUCGUCGUUUUCGGUGCAAUCAAUGCCUACUUAAUCGUCCUAUCCAUGUACCUGGCCGUUCGCGGUAUCUCUGGUUCAUCAAUCAAAACUGAUAGUGUCGAUGACUUUUUCAAGAGUUUCUUCGGUGGUGACGGAGCUUCUGGUGGUAUCAUCAUCAUUGCUCUCUUGGCCACUUUUGGAUUGUACUUCAUUGCCUCGUUCCUGUACCUUGACCCAUGGCACAUGUUCCACUCCUUCGGCCAAUAUCUCCUUCUCAUGUCCUCCUACAUCAACAUCCUCAUGGUCUACGCUUUCAGCAACUGGCAUGAUGUUUCUUGGGGUACCAAGGGUUCUGACAAGGCCGAUGCUCUUCCCUCUGCGACUACCAAGAAGGAGGAUGGCAAGGGUGCUGUUAUUGAAGAAAUUGACAGACCACAAGAGGAUAUUGACAGUCAAUUUGAAGCUACCGUUAAGCGUGCUUUGAAGCCCUGGGUUCCUGAAGUUGAGGUCGAGAAGAAGACGUUGGAAGACUCCUACAAGUCUUUCAGAACCAAGCUCCUCAUUUCUUGGAUCUUCUCGAAUGCUGCUUUGGCUGUCGUUAUCACGAGUGACAACGUUGACAAGUUCGGUUUCGGGAGCAAAGACACAGCCUCAGUCCGUACACAGAAGUUCUUCACCGUUCUUCUGUAUGCCACUGCCGUCUUGUCCUGUGUCCGUUUCAUCGGUUGCUUGUGGUUCUUGGGACGUUCCGGCAUCAUGUGCUGCUUCACUCGUCGCUAA